ACUUUUGAACAUUCCUCAUUUCCUCUACUCAGCCAAAAGAGUUGGUUCUGAUACCAGACUCUUUUUAGAAGUCCUUGAGAACAUUUAGAGUGAAAGAGAAAGAAAGAGAGAGAAGAUGCGUAGAGGCAAAGUAGAGUUAAAGAGGAUUGAGAACCCAUCAAGCAGGCAAGUGACCUUCUCUAAGAGGAGAAAUGGGCUUCUAAAGAAGGCUUUUGAGCUGUCCAUCCUCUGUGAUGCUGAGGUUGCCCUUCUCAUAUUCUCUCCCUCUGGAAAGGCUUAUCAGUUCUGCAGUCAUGACAUGGAUAGGACCAUUUCAAGGUACCGGAGUGAAGUGCGACUUUCUCAAUUUAAUGACCAAGGACUAAGAACCAUGGAGGUUCGGAGGAGUGAAAUGGAUGAAUUAAAGAGCACAAUAGAAACCUUGGAAGCAAGACAAAAGCACUUUGCUGGAGAAGAUCUAUCAAUGUUGGGCAUGAAAGAAUUGAAGCAAAUAGAGCGCCAGUUGAGGAAUGGAGUUGAACGCGUCCGCUCUAAAACGAGGCGCAUCAUUUCAGAGCAAACCAACUUCAUGAAGGAAAGGCAUAGAGCCCUGCAAGAGGAGAACACUCACCUCCAGAAAAGACUUAAUGACUUGCAAGACACUGAUGGGAGCUCCAGAACAUUUGCACCGGGCACAAGUGGCACACUCAAUGCCUUUCAAAGGCUAUUGUAUGAUGGAUUGGCUGAAUCCUGAACAGGCCAAAAAUGCUCACUCAGCAGAUAAUAUAAGGCAGCUUCAAUUAUUUGCUAUAAAUGAUGUGAUAGUGGCUUCAUCUGCCAAACUUCGUAAGGUGUGUGUUUAUCUGUACUGUGGUUAAUAGUUUGAAGUGUUUGAUGCGUAAAUUAUAAACAUGUCUAGUGCUGUUGAUGUGUGAAGUAAAUAUUUCAAGUAAAAUUGAUGAAAUAUAAACAACCUAAAA